UCUUCGGGCCAGAGAACAAGCAAGAACCCCACAAAGUUCAGACUGUAAACUAAGCAAAACCCAUAAUUCGUUUCAUGGCCACCAUUUCCAGCUCUCGCAGUCGAUUAUUUGCACUCGUUAGAAUGCCAUUCUCCAUGCCAAGCUCUCAGCAUCGUUCAACUCCCAGGUGCUAUUGUUCUCAACAGAGCAUUACCUCUAUUGAGGACGAUAAAAAUGGCAACGAAGAAUUGGACCGCUUUGUUAAAUCCAAAGCAUCCGCCAAAACAAAACGAGCUAAAGCCAUGGCACGGCUUAUUAACUACAAGCCCUGGUCAAGUGAACUUGAGUCCUCUCUCUCUUCACUCUCUCCCUCACUAUCUAAAACCGCUGUACUCCAAACUCUCCGCCUUAUCAGAACCCCAUCCAAAGCCUUUCAAUUCUUCAACUGGGUACACGAAAUGGGUUUCUCUCACACUGACCAAUCGUACUUCAUGAUGCUAGAAAUCUUGGGUCGUGACAGAAAUCUCAAUGUAGCCCGAAAUUUGCUAUUUUCCAUGGAGAAAAGGUCUAAUGGGGUGGUUAAGCUCGAGGAUCGGUUCUUUAAUAGCUUGAUUAGGAACUACGGUCGAGCUGGGUUGUUCCAAGAGUCUAUAAAGCUUUUUACGACAAUGAAGUCUCUAGGUGUCUCGCCUUCUGUUGUUACGUUCAAUAGUAUUUUGACAAUUUUGCUUAGACGGGGUCGAACUAAUAUGGCAAAGGAUAUGUAUGAUGAAAUGCUCAGGACAUAUGGUGUUACGCCAGAUACAUAUACAUUUAAUAUCUUGAUUAGAGGAUUUUGUAAGAACUCAAUGGUUGACGAAGGGUUUCAAUUUUUUAAGUUAAUGUCACAUUUUAGCUGUGAACCGGAUGUUGUUACAUAUAAUACGCUAGUUGAUGGAUUGUGCAGGGUGGGGAAGGCGAGGAUUGCACAUAAUGUGGUGAAGGGUAUGAGCAAGAAAAGCAUGGACUUGAAUCCUAAUGUUGUUACUUAUACGGCUUUGAUUAGAGGUUACUGUAUGAAACAAGAGAUUGAUGUGGCUUUGGUUCUUCUUGAAGAGAUGACUAGUCAAGGGCUUAAACCGAAUAUAAUUACCUAUAAUACACUAAUUAAGGGACUUUGUGAGGCACAGAAUCUGGAGAAGAUAAAAGAGAUUUUGGAAGGAAUGAUGGAAGUAGGAGGAUUUACUCCAGAUACAUGUACAUUUAAUACAAUAAUCCAUGCACAUUGCAGCGCUGGAAACUUGGAUGAAGCACUGAAUGUUUUUGAGAAGAUGUCGGAAUUGCAGGUUCUACCAGAUUCAGCAACCUAUAGUGUUUUAAUACGAAGCUUGUGUCAGAUUGGGGAUUACAGUAGAGCAGAGAAGUUGUUUGGUGAGCUAUCUGAGAAGAAAAUCCUGCUUUGUGAUGUUGGAUGUAAGCCCCUAGUUGCUGCAUAUAACCCCAUGUUUGAAUAUUUGUGUGGAAAUGGGAAAACUAACAAGGCUGAGAGAGUGUUUAGGCAGUUAAUGAAAAGGGGAAGGCAAGAUCCUCCUUCAUACAAAACUUUAAUCAUGGGGCACUGUAGGGAAGGUACGUAUGAAGCAGGAUAUGAACUGGUAGUCUGGAUGUUAAGGAGAGAUUUUGUGCCAGAUUUCGAGAUCUAUGAAUCCUUGAUUGGUGGUUUCUUGCAGAAGGGAAAGCCUCUUCUUGCCCAGCAGACUCUAGAGAAGAUGCUGAAAAGCUCUCAUCUCCCAAAAACGUCCACUUUCCAUUCUAUACUUGCAGAACUUAUUGAGAAGGGAUGUGCCCGUGAAUCUUCCAGUUUUAUAAUGUUGAUGUUAGAGAGAAAGAUUAGACAAAAUAUUAAUCUUUCAACAAACUGUAUAAGGCUACUUCUUGAUAGGGGAUUGCGAGAUAAAGCAUUUCGGAUUGUUGGCAUGAUUUAUGAGAAUGGGUACUCAGUUAAGAUAGAAGAAUUGGUUGGUUUCCUUUGCCAGAGUAGAAAGCUGUUAGAGGCGCGUGACAUGUUUCUUUUUAGCUUGGAUAAGCAUCAAAAUAUUGACACCAACACAUGCAACACACUUAUAGCAGGCCUUUGUAAAAUGAAAAAACUUUCGGAAGCAUUUGGCUUGUACUAUGAAUUGGUGGAGAAAGGAGUCCAUCAACAGCUGACCUGCCUAUAUGAUUUGAAAACUGCCCUAGAUGCUGGGGGAAGAUCAGAUCAAGCUGAGUUUGUAUCUAAAAGAAUGCCAGGACAGGAACAUUUGGACAAACCUGCUUCAAAGUCAAGACCUAAACAAUUGUUAGGAGGCAGAGGUCACGAGAAUAGGAUGGAAUCGUUGCAUGGAAUAAACCCUCACACUUCCAACCCAAGAACCCAAAAGGCAACCAAACCUAUUAAAGUAAACAUUUCCUCUAUUUUCAUGCUACUCUUUCUUGGCACCAACCUCUCCCCAAGAACAAACCAACUCCCCCAUUUAUACUCCCCCAUUCAGACCCAGAUUUAUCUUUUAUAGCAACAACUCCACAAGAUGUCGAGGACUAAUGGUAAUGGUGCUGUUAAUGAAUAUCCUGCACAAAUUAGACGCAUUCCUACCCCAGGGAAGGCAACAGUUCUUGCUCUGGGCAAGGCUUUCCCUAGCCAACUCAUUCCUCAGGAAUGCUUGGUGGAGGGUUACAUUCGCGACACAAAAUGUGAAGACCUGUCCAUCAAAGAGAAAUUGGAGCGCCUGUGUAAAACCACCACCGUGAAGACAAGAUACACAGUGAUGUCCAAGGAGAUCCUAGACAAGUACCCGGAACUAGUGACAGAGGGGUCACCAACGAUCAAACAAAGGCUUGAAAUCGCAAACCCGGCAGUUCUAGAGAUGGCCAUGGAAGCCAGCCUCGCCUGCAUCAAGGAAUGGGGAAGGCCAGCUGAAGAUAUCACCCAUAUCGUCUAUGUUUCUUCGAGUGAAAUACGAUUACCCGGUGGAGAUCUCUACCUUGCCAGCCAACUAGGCCUAAGAAAUGAUGUUGGCCGUGUGAUGCUAUACUUUCUAGGCUGCUAUGGCGGUGUCACUGGCCUUAGGGUUGCCAAGGAUAUAGCUGAAAACAAUCCUGGAAGCCGGGUUUUGUUAACUACUUCCGAAACCACCAUACUUGGUUUUCGCCCACCAAACAAGGAACGCCCUUAUGAUCUUGUGGGGGCUGCACUUUUUGGUGAUGGAGCUGCGGCUGUGAUCAUUGGAACCAACCCACUGAAGGGUCAAGAGUCUCCUUUCAUGGAACUAAACUAUGCUGUCCAACAAUUCUUGCCAGGGACGCAUACUGUGAUUGACGGGAAGCUUUCCGAAGAGGGCAUAAACUUCAGGCUUGGAAGAGACCUGCCCCAGAAGAUAGAGGACAACAUUGAGGAGUUCUGCAAGAAGCUCAUGGCAAAGGCUAAUUUGAUAAACUUCAAUGAUUUGUUUUGGGCUGUUCAUCCCGGUGGACCAGCAAUUCUUAAUAGGCUCGAGAGCACCCUCAAUUUAACAAGUGAAAAGCUAGAAUGCAGUAGAAGGGCAUUGAUGGACUAUGGGAAUGUGAGUAGCAACACUAUAUUUUAUGUCAUCGACUAUAUGAGGGAGGAAUUGAAGAGAGGGACUGAAGAAUGGGGGCUUGCCUUAGCAUUUGGACCAGGCAUUACGUUCGAAGGCAUCCUCAUCCGUUGCCUGUAAUCACAUCUUGCAGCCAUUUUCCUGGUCUAAAGUGCAUGUCUUAUGUACUAUGCUAUGUUGCAUUUGAAGUUAGGAAUUCUACGAAAUCGAUUCAGUGUGCAACUUCUAAUUAGUCUCUUUAAGUUAUGGAAUAACAUGAAACGAUGGCUAGCUGUUUCUCCAAAAGUUUCUUUUUCUUAUUUGAAACGGAAUUUACGGAACUAUAGUACAUGAUCUAGGCAUUAUAUUUUCUAUAUAUAAAAAAAGUACCGGCAAAAUUUCUUCAAUAUCUGAGAUAAAUGCUGAUAAAAUGAUCUAUGACCAAA